UGUGCGCAUUUUAAUUCGAAUUUUUAUGAAUUUUAUUUAAUCUCUGAAGUCUUUGCGUUGUAAGUAGCGUUCCAGUUAAAUGUUACAAUGCUUUUGCACAAAGUGUUCCAUGGAUCUACUGGGAAGUUAUUGAUCUCAUGUGUUAACCCUUUAAUUACAUGCAGUUCUGCAGCCAGGCUAAAGCACACAAAAGAUGAUCUCAGCGAACACCGAGCCAAAGUCAUGGGUCGUGGGCUGCCGGAGCGCAAGCCCCUGCCAGGAGUCAAAUGCAUCAUCCUCGUGGCUUCUGGCAAAGGAGGAGUGGGCAAGACCACCACAGCUGUGAAUCUCGCAUGUGCAAUGAAAGUGAUAGAGCCCGACAAAGAGAUAGGGCUGCUAGACGCCGACGUUUUCGGCCCGUCCGUGCCUCUCAUGAUGAACAUCAGUGGGGAGCCCAUGCUCAACGAUGAUAACCUCAUAGAGCCACUAUUGAAUUAUGGUGUCAAAUGUAUGUCAAUGGGUCUGCUAGUAUCGGGCGAGAACGCGGUAGUGUGGCGCGGUCUGAUGGUGAUGCAAGCGCUGGAGAGACUGACGCGGCACGUGGCGUGGGGCCCGCUCGACUGCCUCAUAGUGGACACGCCGCCAGGGACUGGCGACACGCACUUAUCCCUGGCGCAGAACUUGCCUAUUGACGGAGCGCUUGUCGUAACUACACCGCAAUCGGCCGCCCUACAAGUCACGAAACGAGGCGUGAACAUGUUUGAGAAACUAAAGGUGCCCCUAAUAGGCAUGGUCGAAAAUAUGUCGCAUGCGAUAUGCACCAAGUGCGGCACAAAGAACUUCGUGUUCGGUAACGAGACGAAGAAGAGCGCUGACCAAAUGGGCCUAGAAAUUAUUGAGAGCUUCGAAGUGGAUCAAAACAUGUCGGACUGCAUCAACAGCGGGAAGCCAGCCAUAUAUGCCCUCCCCGAUAGCAUACACGCUGAGAAGUACCGGCAUCUAGCGAAUAAAGUGUUCAAGUACAUAGAAGAUAAGGAUAAUGAACAAGCAAAAGCGAAAGAACAGUAGGACUGCACAAUUUUACACUAGUAGUUGUUUUAUUUAAUUAUUUACAAAUAAAUGUUUUAUCAAGUUA